AUGCGCGGGGGCCGUGCCACAAGGCGGCCUGUUGCAAAGAGCGGCCCCGCUGCAAGGAGCCCUGACGAGCAGCGCCGACUCGAGGAGCUGUCAGCCACUCUUCCAGCCCUCCAGGCAGCGCUGGCAGAGCUGCGCGAAGCCAAGGUGCCACUCCAGCGGAGGGUGGCCGAGGCCAAACAGGCCGGCACGCGCUACGACCGCGCAUGUGCCCUGGAAACUCGCUUAGCCCUGCUGGAGAACGUCCAGGUGAGAGAGGUCGAGUGGACCAUCUCCGACUACUCGGCUCUCCUGGAGAAUUGCCCCAAGGGCCAGUGCAUCACAUCUCCCACUUUUGCGGCGGGAGGCGUUCCGAACAUGCAGUUAGUUUUCCAUCCCAAUGGAAGCAAGGAUGCCAGUGAUGGGUACUCCUCCAUCGCUCUUCGAAUUCCGGAGGGCAUGUCUGUUUCAAGGGUGCUGUAUGUGAACCAGGAUCACUUCGGUCCCAACAUUGUGAAGCAGGCCGUGGAGGGCUACACCAACGCUGCGAGAAUUUCGCCGCCUUCAGCCCCGCUACGCGGAACAGCCGCGGACAUCAUCGUCGUGGGCGUGCGCGAGCUCUACCAACAUGGAUGGGCUGCGGACCCCAUGCUUCAGAAGGUUUUGCUGAUCGGCGAUGCCCCUGCUGCGGAGAUCAAUUUCGAGCUCCUCAAAGAACAGCGGGAGAGACGUCUUCAGCAAGAAAGGGAGAGGUGCCGGCAGGAGGCGGAAGCAAAGCGGCAGGCGCUUGCCGACGAGCAGGAGGUGGCCGAGGAGGCGGCGCGCCGCGCGGCCGCGGCGGAGGCUGAGGCCUUGGCCAAGGUUGUCAGUGCGAUGGACGAGCCCGUCAGCCCCGACCAGGUCAUGAUGCAGGGUGCCGUGAAGGCCGCCCAGGAACGUGCAGAGAAGGCUGCGACGAAGGUUGAAAGUCCGGAAGAACAGGCCGCCCGCGAGAAGAAGGAACAGGCAUAUGCGUGGCUGCUCGAGUAUCAGCGCCAGCAAGCGGAGGAGAAAGCAGAAGCCGAUCGGCUUCGACAGGAGCGAGAGCGGGCAGAGAAAGAAGUGAAGAUGGAGGCAGAUAAAAGGCGAAAAGCUGAAGAGGCUGAGCGGCUGGAGCGAGAAUGGCAGCAACAGCAGCGGGAGGAGCGUGAAUACGAGGAGGCCGCUCGACGGAGCGAGGAGGAGCAAGCCGAAGCCAUGGCGAAGCUCCGCCGCGAGAGAGAGGAGGCUGACAAGAUGGAAGCAGAGAGAAGGCGUCGCCGAGACGAGGAAGAGCAGGCAGAGAUUCAACGACGUGCGGAACAGCUGAAGGAAGAGCGCAGGCGAGAAGAGGAGGAGCGGCGAAGGGAGGAUGAGGCGAGGAGGAGGCUGGAGGAAGAAGUGCGGCAAGCCGAAGAGGAGGCGUUGCGCAUGGAGCAACAGCAGCAGAGGGAGGCGGAGGAGCGCAGGCGCCAACUUGAAGAAGAGAAUCGCCGUCUGGAAGAAGAAAGGCAGCGCAAGGCAGUAGAGAAGAGGGCGGAGGCGGAGCGAACGCGGCAGCGACAGGAAGAACUCCGACGCCUGGAGGAACAGCGCCGGGCCUUCGAGCGAGCAGAGGAGGCUCUCGCUUUCAACCUUGGCGUGUCUUUUCGCAUGACUCUUUGUUCAGGGAGGAAUGUGUCAGUGACCUUCGUGAACCAGCUUGCAUUGAAAGAGCUGAUACGGCCUGGUUUCGCUACCCCGCUCGACGGCCGCCUGGACAUGCUGGAAAUGGAGCUUCAGCGACUGAAGGAAAGCAGGCAAAUGGGCAUGGCUGGCCACAUGACGGAAGUGCCGAUGACUUUCACACAACCACAGCAGGCUCUGUCUCCGAUCGUGCCGAUGUAUGGAAUGCCACAUGAGCCGGCUGGGCCCGGGCCUUCUUCAUUGGCGAACAUCGAGACGAAGAACCACGGUGAAAUCAUGCAGGCGUACAAGGACAUCGUCAAGAGCCUGAAGGAGUCGCAGGACAAGCACAACGACCUCCUGCAGCGGCACAGUGACCUCACCAAGCAUCAUGUGGAGUUGAUGAGGGCACACCAGGAGCUCCUCGAGAGUUUGAAGAAAAACGGUGGAGGCGGCGGCGGCGCCGCCGCACCUGGACAACCGCACAAAAAGAAGGCCAAGCAUCCAGCCCUGGGCGUGGUCCGCCUGGACUACGACUACCCGCCAGCGCCCGGAGACUCCGACCAUCCAGGCAGCUUCGGCUACGAGGUUUACUAUCGCUGCUGCCCUGGGUUGACCUUCGAGAUGUGCCAGGAGGGUCACUUCCCCGAAGCGGUAGAGCGCCGCUUUGCCGAUGCGAUCAAGCAUCUGGAGGCUCGAGGAUGUUCUGCCAUCACUGGCGACUGCGGCUUCAUGAUGGCCUUCCACAUGAUUGCAAGGAAGAUUGCGGCCAAGCCGAUCUUCAUGUCCUCCAUGGUGCAGUGCCCCAUCAUCGCUGCCUCGCUCGAGCCUGAGGAUCAAAUUCUCCUCCUGACAGCCAAUGACCGGCACCUGAAGCCGCAGAAGCAGGUCUUGCUCAGCAGCUGUGGAUUCGAUGUCGACGAGGACCGCUUUCUCAUCAAGGGCUGCCAGAAUGUGCCUGGCUUCGAAGCCGUGGCGCUGGGAGGAAAGGUCCCACUGGAAGUCGUCCAGCCUGGCAUCGUGAAGUUGGUGCAGGAGACACGAAAGCAACACCCGAGAAUUGCCGCCAUCCUGCUGGAGUGCACAGAACUACCGCCCUACGCAGACGCGCUGCGCUAUCACACUGGCUUGCCGGUUUGGGAUGCAGUGACAGCUGCCGACUUCUAUAUCUCUGCCCACCAAGACAACCCCAGGUUUGGGCACAACGACUGGCAAGAGGCAUGGGACGGAACGCAUGAAGAAUAUGAGCUGGGUAUCAACCUCACAAAGGACGAGCUCUCACUGGUGGUGAGCCGCUCUCGCAGAUUCUAG